GCGGGCGGGUCCGAGCCCAGCCCCAGUCCGGCCCAGAGCUCGGAGCGCGUCGUCGGCGGGGGGUCUCAGCAUGCCGGGCCUGGUCUGGCUCCAGCUGGGGCUGCUGCUUGGCUCAAUGCUGGGCACCGGGACAGCCGCUCAGCCUCCCCACCUGCUGCCCUUGCUGUCAUCCGGCAGGGGUGCUCUGGGCCGGGCCGCGCUGGGCAGCCUGUUAAAUACACUAGCGGACCGUGUGCACUGCGCCGAAGGGCCGUGUGGAAAGUGCCUGUCUGUGGAUGCUGCCCUGGCCCUGGGCAGUCCCAAGAAGCCUGUCCUAGAGCACAGACACAUUGCCCGCUUCAGUGCUGCUGCUGCCCUCUACCUCAGUGACCCCAAGGGCACGUGUACGGAUGUGCGGGCUGGCCACUGGGCAACUCGUGCUGACCAUCUCCUGGCCCUUUUGGAGGGCCCCAAGGCCCUCACCCCAGGCCUGAGCAGGCUGCUGCAGAAGAUUCAGGCCCAGGCUGCUGGCUGGCCCGCUGCAGAGAAGGCCUGCGUGGACCUGCCUCAGUUGCUGGAGGAGGCAGAAGGGGCAGGGGCUCCCAGCAGCCCUAGCCUGGUGCUGGCCGCCCUAGUGGACCAUGUCAGCAGCGGGUCCUGUCUCCGCGCCCUGCCGACGCCCCAGUACUUUGUAGACUUCGUGUUCCGGCAGCACAGCGGUGACACUCCCAACAUCACACUGGCGGAGCUGGAGGCCUUGAUGGAGCGCCUGGGGGUAGGCAGAGUGGCUGAGACACCUGGCGACCACAGUGACCACGACCAUUUGAGAAAUGGGGCCAACCACCAGGGCCCUGUGCCCCUUGCCACCCUGAACAGCAGCUCCAGCCUGUGGGACACAGUGUGCCUGAGUGCUGAGGAAGUCAUGGCUGUGUACGGGCUGUCUGACCAGGCUGGUGUGACCCCAGAGUCCUGGGCCCAGCUGAGCCCUGCCCUGCUCCAGCAGCAACUGAGUGGGGCCUGCAGCCCCCAGCCCGGGGGCCUCCCUCGGGACGAGCUCAGCCAGGCGGAGAGGUAUCUGUACGGCUCCCUGGCCACGCUGCUCGUCUGCCUCUGUGCCGCUUCUGGCCUCCUGCUCCUGAGCUGCUCCAGCCACCGCACAGCCUCGAACUACGUCAUCCAGACCUUCCUGAGCAUGGCCGUGGGCGCGCUCACAGGGGACGCCAUCCUGCACCUGACACCCAAAGUGCUGGGGCUGCACACCCACCAUGGAGAGGGACCUGGCCAGACCACCUGGCGCCUUAUGGCCAUGCUGGGUGGCCUCUACACCUUCUUCCUGUUUGAGAACCUCUUUAAUCUCUUGCUGCCUCUGGACGCAGAGGGCUCAAAGGAUGGGGCCGACAGCCACAGCCAUGGUGGCCACAGCCACGUAGUGUCCCUGCCGCUGACACCCAGGGAGCUCCGGCCCUCAAGGCAGCCCGAGGAAGGCUCGCGCACCGACCUGGUGGCCGAGGGGAGUCCGGAGCUGCUGAGCUCGGAGCCCCGGAGCCUGAGCCGAGAGCUGAGGCUGCUGCCCUACGUGAUCACGCUGGGCGACGCCCUGCACAACUUCGCCGACGGGCUGGCCAUGGGCGCCGCCUUCGCGUCCUCCUGGAAGACCGGGCUGGCCACCUCGCUGGCCGUGUUCUGCCACGAGCUGCCGCACGAGCUGGGGGAUUUCGCGGCCCUGCUGCACGCGGGGCUGUCGGUGCGCCAGGCGUUGCUGCUGAACUUGGCCUCCGCGCUGACGGCCUUCGCCGGCCUCUACGUGGCGCUCGCUGUCGACGUCGGCGAGGACAGCGAGAUCUGGAUCCUGGCGGUGGCCACCGGCCUCUUCCUCUACGUGGCGCUCUGUGACAUGCUCCCGGCCAUGCUGCACGUGCGGGACCAGCGGCCCUGGCUCCUCUUCCUGCUGCACAACAUGGGCCUGCUGGGCGGCUGGACCCUCCUGCUGCUGCUGUCGCUGUAUGAGGACAACAUCACCCUCUGAUGGCCUUCCCAUCCCCUCGCCCUACUCUCGGGCCCUGGCUGCUCGCUGCCGGCCCACAGCUCUCUGGGCCCCUUGCACCUGCCGGCCAGUGUGGAGCCUGCGGUGGGGUACCCAGAGAGACCCGGGCUUUUGGAGUCUCCCUCCCACUGGCCCUAGCAUCCUUCAAUAAAGACGUUCUUGUCCUUGGA